UUGAUAUGGUUUAUGACUAUUCAAAUAGAAAAACAUGGAAGGAUAGAAAAAUUAAAAGGGUAAAAAAUCAUCCUCCCGUAACACCAAACCAUCACAGCCACCACCUUUGAAGAUGCAAGGACGUUCAAAAUUUAUUUUAACUUGGUUGACUCAUCUAAUUAAAUUAUUAAUUAGGCUUAAAAGUUCUUCUAUGGAAUCAACGUUUUCGUCUGUCUUUGUUGGAGGAAACUACAGCUAUUAAAAGCAAAAGUAAUCGCUCUAUCUAUUUCCUUUUUGUCGCCUUCUCAUUUAUAUAUAUUAACUUUCCGUGGUUGAUGAUUUGGUGAUAUAUUGAAAUCGUAUCAGAAAAAAAAAAAAAAAAAAAAAAAAAAAAAACUGUAUAAAACCCUAAAAAUUCACACACGUAAAACACCUUUGAUCGAGUCUAUAUAUGGUGGCCUAAUUACAUGCUUUUAUUUUGUUGGGUAAAUUUCAGUUUACUACUUAAAGUUUUAUGAUUUUUAACAUUUAGAUAAAGUUUUUUUCGUCCCAGAAUCAUACUUAAAGUGUUAAUUUUGAGACAGUCUCAUAUAUACAUUAAUCUGGCUCUUAAGUUCCCGUUAACUAAUGAUGUGGCACUAUGUGAACAAUGACUAAGCACAACGUGUCAUUAAAUCAUCCGUAUGAAAAUUAAAAAUUCAAAAAAAAAAUUUCCCGUCCAAAUUUAAAAUAUUAAAAUAAUUAAUUAAAUAAAAAUAUUUAAAAAACAAAAGAAACCCAGAACGUCUUCCCCACCCGACAUCCCUCCAUCCCCUCCCCCCCUCCACGGCUCCACCCCUCCAUCCCCUCCUUUCUUCUUGCCCUCAAUCGAAAUCCGAUCGGACUCAGUGCGAGGGAGAACAUGUCGAACUGAAACUCUCACCCCCGACCCGCCAGAAGCAAGGGUGUCCCAAAACCCCAAAAGGUCCUUCUCCCCAAGAAUCCAGACCACAACAAUCCAAUCCCUCGAGAGCCCAAUCUCAAUUCCAAUUUGAAAAUCCUGUACACACUGUUGUGACUCUGCACAGUUUGCUACAGCCUCUCUGUUUCGUGGGUUUGUACACACUGUUGUGUCAAAUAUUGCUACAGAAAAAAAGGGAAAUUCAGAUUUAUUUAUUUUUCGCACUAAUUAAACAAAAAACGAUUGAUGGGUAUUUCUCAGCGAUUAUUGUUCAUUCGAAAACACAACAACCUGCACUAGAUAUUUUCGAAUUUGAAAAUCCUGAUGGGUUCCCUUUCACUACAAGCUCACUUUCUCACAAGAAAUGUUCAUCAAAGCUGCUAUCUUUACAUUUCAUGUAUCACAAAACUCAGUCAGUAAUCAAUGGGCGACGCCAAUUGAUAAAAUUGUUUGAAUUUCUGCGUUCUCUGCUCGUUUUCUCAACUGGGUUUUCUCCAAUUUUUUAACUUUACGGGUGCCCACAUGGGAUUGGGACCCGAUCGAACACAGAGCAGCGAAGGUUUAGUGGAAGUGAUUGGAGAAUAGGGACGAUGGAAUCGGAGCUGGGUUUAAUUGAGCAGUCGUUCAUCAGCCGCUACUCGCUCUGGGUCCAGGAAGCUCUGGGGGAAUUGGCCGACAGCUUCAUGAUCACUGACCCUUGGAUUUCCGGGCACCCAAUCGUGUUCGCGAGCAAAGGGUUCUUGAAAAUGUCGGGAUAUUCGAAGAACGAGGUGGUCGGGAGGAACGGCAGAGUGUUUCAGGGUCCGGGGACUUGCAGGCAGUCGGUCAUGGUGGUCCGGGAGGCCAUCAGGGAGGAGCGAGCUGUCCAUGUUAAUUUGCUGAAUUAUCGGAAAGACGGGAUGCCGUUUUGGAUGCUGUUUCAUAUGUGUAUUGUUUUUGGGAAGGAGGACGGGAGGGUGAUUCAUUUCGUGGAGGGAUUUUUCAACGUGAUCGGUACACGGAGUAAUUUUAGUUAGUUUUAGUUUGUGUGUGAUGGAUAAAUUGAUUUCCUUUAAUUAUUGUUUCGUAAAACAUGAAUGCGAUUUACUUAUUUGUUUGA